AUUUUAGGGGAAGGGUCAUUUUCCAACAUAAUUUGGCGUGCUACAGAUUGAAAGUUGAAUGUUUUCAGAAAGGGUUGUAAUGAGGCCCAAAGGGGUCCCAUAUGAGCUGCACAAUCUGUUCAAGUCAAUUACAACGUUCUAUUAAAAAUGUCAAGGUCAUUUCAGACCGUAAUCGUAAUUGACUCUUUACCCUUCAUCAAACACUAUUUCAAUUCUGUUUCUUUAUGAAUUGGCAGCAACAUAGAGGCCAUUGACAAGAAACAGAACACCGUUCGCUUGAAGAAAUGGUGGCUGUAUUCAACAAAGAGCUCCUGAGCUGGUAUCUCAUCACCCUUAAACUCAAAGAAACCUUGGAAUCCGGGAUUCCAUCUUCACCUAAUUCAGGGAACCGAUCAACAGAGUUUCCACAGAAGGAGCAGCAGCAAGAGGACAAAUUUCAGCAGGAACCUACAGAAUCAUUGCAAGUUGUCAUCAGUGAAGAUGGUGAAAAAUCACGAGAGGAACCAAACUCACCAGGAUCUGAAUGGGUGGUGAUCAUCAAGGAGAAACUAGAGCAGGCAGGUCAAGAUGAUGUGGCAAGUUCAUGGUCCAAACUAUCAAUCUACAAAAUCCCCCAUUAUCUCAGAGAUAGUACUGGUGAUGAUAAAGCUUUUGCUCCGCAGAUUGUGUCUAUAGGUCCUUACCAUCAUGGCAAGAAGCGCCUUCGCCCAAUGGAUCGCCAUAAAUGGCGUUCCCUUAACCAUGUCCUAAAGCGUACCAAUCAUGACAUUAGGAUCUACCUCAAUUCCAUGAAGGAGAUAGAAGAAAGAGCUCGCUCCUGUUAUGAAGGAGUUAUUAGUUUAAGCAGCAGUGAGUUCGUGGAAAUGCUUGUCCUUGAUGGCUGCUUUGUGCUGGAGCUAUUCAGAGGAGCCACAGAAGGGUUCAAGCAACUUGGAUAUUCCAGGAAUGAUCCCGUUUUUGCAAUGCGUGGAUCAAUGCAUUCCAUUCAGAGGGAUAUGAUCAUGCUAGAAAACCAGCUUCCACUCUUUGUACUGGACAGACUUCUGGGAAUUCAAUUGGGAAACCCAGACAUGAAAGGACUUGUUACAGCUCUAGCACUCAGAUUCUUCGACCCUCUGAUGCCGACUGAUGAACCAAUGACAGAAAGUGACAGAAACAAAUUGGAAUUAUCCCUAGGAAGUGCUAUUACCUUUGACCCUUUAUCUGAUCAAGAAGGUCUUCACUGCUUAGAAGUGUUCAGAAGAAGUCUUCUGCGUGCAGGACCUCAACCGGUGCCUAGAAUAUGGAUCAAACGCAGAUCAAAUGCUCAAAGAGUGGCUGAUAAACGGAGGCAGCAACUGAUACACUGUGUCACAGAGCUUAAAGAGGCUGGAAUCAAGUUCAAGAAGAGGAAGACUGAUCGCUUCUGGGAUAUCAAAUUUAAGGAUGGUAUUCUGCGAAUACCUCGGCUCUUGAUCCAUGAUGGCACCAAGUCUUUGUUCCUCAAUCUCAUUGCCUUUGAGCAGUGUCAUCUUGAUUGCAGCAAUGACAUCACAUCCUAUAUUAUCUUCAUGGACAACUUGAUUAACUCUCCAGAGGAUGUGGGAUAUCUUCAUUACCGUGGCAUAAUUGAACACUGGCUUGGUAGUGAUGCUGAAGUUGCAGACCUUUUCAACCGUUUAUGCCAAGAGGUUGUUUUUGACAUCAAUAACAGUUACCUUUCUCCAUUGUCUGAGGAUGUGAAUCGGUAUUACAACCAUAGAUGGAACACCUGGUGUGCAAGCUUGAGACACAAUUACUUCAGUAAUCCUUGGGCCAUUAUAUCUUUGGUUGCUGCUGUUGUUUUGUUGCUGCUUACUCUUGCACAAACCUACUACAGUAUUUAUGGAUAUUACAGACCACCCAGGUAAGUACUCCUGCAGGGUAUUUCAUUUCCUACAAUGAACAUACUUUUUAGUGUUGACCCUUAUCAAGUCGAUUUGAUGUGUUUGUUGAUUUCAAUAAUCAAGCCUAGAAAAGAUCUUGGAAGGUUGGAAUAUCAUUAAUUCAUUUAUUUUUGCACAGAAUGUAUUGUCUUGGCUAGAUGCCAGAGCUGUAAUACAACUUUCUUAUGU